AUGGCGGCCCAAUCGCUGAGGGAUACCAUCAAGGAGAAGAUCGCCACGGCUCUCAAGGAGAACCUCAAAAUGGACGAGAGAGAGUUCACGAACCCUUGGAGUACUCAGGACAAAGCCUCGGUGCUGCAAGAGUCUCGGUGCUUCAGCGACGCGCCCAUCGACGCGCCCAAGUGCUUAAACCUGCUGACGCGGAUCAUCUAUCUCAUCCAGCAAGGAGAGAAGUUCACCGCACAGGAACUCACGAACCUCUUCUUUGGAGUCACCAAGCUUUUUCAGGCUCAGUGUACGAGGCUCAGACGGAUGGUCUACUUGGUCAUCAAGGAGUUAGAGCCUUCUGAUCAGGAGGUCUUCAUUUGCAUGUCUUGCCUCAUCAAAGACAUGAAUAGCAAGAACGACUGCUUCCGGGCGAACUCCAUCCGAGUGCUCAGCCGAGUCCUGGACCCGGCUAUGGCUGCGCAGAUCGACAGAUAUCUGAAGACCGCCAUCGUUGACAAGAAUCCCUUUGUCUCCUCCUCAGCGUUGGUCUGUGGCAUGACCCUGCAUGCCACGGUACCAGACGUGGUGAAGCGGUGGGUGAACGAGAUUCAGGACACGGUGAAUUCCAAACACAGCAUGGUGCAGUUUCAUGCUUUGGCCCUGCUCUACGAGCUGAAGAAAGGCGACCGCCUGGCGCUGCACAAGGUGGUGACAUCCAUGGCCAGGAACAGCCUAAAGAGCCCGAUGGCUGAGUGCCUUCUCAUCAGAUAUGCCACGCAGACCUUGAUGUCGGAACGGGAUGCCCAAGUGGAGAAGACCUUGAUGUCCUACCUGGAUAGUUGCCUGCGGCAUAAGAGCGAAAUGGUGACCUAUGAGGCGGCGCGCGCCUUCUGCCAGUUGGCGGCGGUGGACACGGACGGUGCCAGCGGGCACACCGUCUUAGGCUACGACAUGACGCAUGCGACCACCAUCCUGCAGAUCUUCUUAACCUCCCCCAAGCCCGUGGUGCGCUUCGGCGCGAUCCGCACGCUGAACAUGCUGGCACAGACCCGGCCGCAGACAGCUUCCAGGUGCAACUGCGACAUGGAACCCUUGCUCUCGGACCAGAACCGCAACACUGCCACCUUGGCACUCACCACGCUGCUGAAGACCGGCCAUGAGUCGAAUGUGGAGAGAUUGGUGAAGCAGAUCUCUUCCUUCAUGUCAGACAUCACGGAGGUCUUCAAGGUGGAGGUGGUGCGAGCGGUGAAGGGCCUUUGCUUGCUCUAUCCCGGGAAGUACAAGGUACUGAUGUCCUUCCUCUCCUCGAACCUCCGGGAAGAUGGCACCGCAGAGAUCAAGAAGGACCUCGUCGAUGCGCUCAUCCUCAUUAUCUCGCAGGUGCCGGCAGCGCGGGAGGUCGGCUUGUUGCACCUCUGCGAGUUCAUCGAGGACUGUGAAUAUCCCAACCUUUGCACUCGCAUCUUGGGUUUUCUGGGUGAAGAGGUGCCAAGCACUUCGCAUCCCGCCAAGUACAUCCGCUUCAUAUACAACCGGCUGAUUUUGGAGAAUGCCUUGGUGAGGGCUGCGGCGGUGGACGCCUUGUCGAAGAUCGCCAUGAAGUGCGCCAACCUGCGGAAAGAUGUGCUGAUCCUCCUGCAGUGUCCUGACGCGUCCGGUCGAUGUCGACACGGUCGUUUUCGGCACGGUGCUCCAGCAGUGCGUCGAUGA